CAGACACUCCCACUACUCCUUGUCCUCCUGAGAUACAGCAGGUUAUAGACCAGUACGCUGAUCUGAUGCAGGAGCCCUUUGGGUUACCCAACCGGCCAACCAAGCAUUGCAUUGAGCUGCUGCCUGGAGCAGUCCCUCCCAAGGGCCGCAUCUACAGGAUGUCACCUGCUGAGCUUGAGGAGCUCAGGCGACAGCUUGAGACCCUGACCAGCAAGGGCUGGAUCAAGCCCAGCACUUCUGAGUUUGGUGCUCCAGUCCUCUUUGUUCCAAAGGGGAGUGGUGAGUUCAGAAUGUGCAUAGACUACAGGGGUCUCAACAAGAUCACUAGGAAGAGCACAGAGCCACUUCCUAGGAUCGAUGGCCUUCUGGAUAUAGUCCAGGGCUGCACCAUUUUCAGCAAAGUCGACCUCAAAUCUGGAUAUCACCAGAUUGAGAUGGCAGAGGAGGACGUCCACAAGAUGGGCUUCAAAACUAGGUAUGGUACUUAUGAGUACCUGGUGAUACGAUUUGGACUUUGCAAUGCACCUGGCACAUUCCAGACUGAGAUGCACCGCAUAUUCAGGCCGUACCUGGAUAAGUUUAUGGUUGUCUACCUGAAUGAUAUCGUGGUAUUCAACAAAACUACUAGGGAACAUGCGGAGCACCUGGCUCUGGUUCUUCAGUCGUUACGUGAUAACCAGUACAAGAUCAACAAGGAGAAGUCCUCCUUUGGAGUUCCCUCUGUUAUCGACCUGGGUCAUGUAAUCUCUGGCGAUGGACUGGCCCCUGAAGCAGCUAAGAUCGCUGCUAUUCAGGAUUGGCCACAGCCCCAGACAGUGAGAGAUGUCCGGUCUUUCUUGGGUCUAGCCUCAUACUACAGAAAUCUCGUCAGGAACUUUUCUGCUGUGGCUGCACCCCUGACUAACCUCAUAAAGAAAGACACUCCCUUUCUUUGGUCUCUUCACUGUCAGAUGACCUUUGCAGGACUCAAGCAGGCCUUGACUCGUGCACCUGUUCUGAAGUUGUCGGACCCCACCAUGCCUUUUGUGCUGACUACUGAUGCUAGCCAGUACGGCAUUGGGGCAGUCCUUCAGCAGGAUGAUGGGAAUGGUCUGAGACCUGUGGAGUUCAUGAGUAAGAAGAUCAAGACUCAGAUGCUUCAGGACUCUACCUACGAGAAAGAGCUUUAUGCUCUUGUCAGUGCCCUGAAACACUGGAAAUACUUUCUCCUGGGCAGGCACUUCAAGAUCUUUUCUGAUCAUUCCACUUUGCAGUGGUUGAAGUCCCAGGGAGAGUUAAAUGAUAAGUUGGCACGUUACAUUCAGUUCAUUGAUCUGUUUGACUUUGAACUGAAACACAAGAAGGGCUGCUACAACAAAGUAGCUGACGCCCUCUCUCGUAGGCCUGACUCUUUUGCGCUGAUCUCCUCUACUCACUCCUUUGGAGAGGAGGUCCGUCAGACCAUUACUCGUUCACUGCCUCAGGAUCCGACUUAUGGACCCAUCGUCAGGAAUCUGCAAGCAGAUCCCAACUUUGAACCAGGCUAUGCCCUGAGUUCAGAUCUGCUGUAUACUUACAACAAAGGAAAGGAGCGCUUGUGCAUCCCUGAGGAUCAGCAACUACGGACACUACUGAUGUCAGAGUGCCACGAUGCUCGGGGACACUUUGGGUUCCUGAAGUCGUAUGCAGCCCUGUCGCAACGCUUCUUCUGGAAGGAGAUGCGGAGUGAUAUGCUGCGCUAUGUGGAUACCUGUGAGCUCUGCCAAAGGAACAAGUUUCAGUGGUUCAGUCCCUACCGAUUACAUUGGGGACGUGAGCCACGACAGUCUCUCGAUGAUAUCAUCGACAAGGCUAAGCCUGACCUUACCCCAGGCACGGCAGAGUUCGCCAGACGCUAUCGUUUGGAUGUGGAAAGAGCCCGGGCGAACUUGUUCAAGGCYCAAAAGGCCAUGAUUGAACAAGCAAACCGCCACAGGCGGCCUUCCCCCAUCCGCACUGGUGACUAUAUCUGGGUGGCCAGUUCUAAGUUGUCGAGGGAGGAGGAUAUUUCUCCCAAGCUGUUGCCGCGCUACCUGGGUCCGUGGCAGGUUCUAGAUACAGUGGGCGCCGAUCCCUUCAGUUCGUCGUACGUCAUCGAUGUUCCGCUGCAUCUACGAACCUAUCCGGUCUUUCAUGCAUCUAAGCUGUUGCCUUUUACGCUAGCUGAUACAUUCCCUGACCGGCCCCCUCAAUGGGGCCCACCAAUCCCUGGCAAGGGAUAUGAUGUGGUGGCCAUUGAGGAUAAGUGGGGCACUGGCCCCGACCGGCAAUAUCUUGUCAGGUUCGCUUUCCAGCCCCCUUCUGAGAACCGAUGGUUCUACAGAAGAGACCUGAUCAAGACAGCAAAGUCUGUUGUACUGCGAUAUGAGGCGGCUCGGAAGGCUGACUUUCUCCGUUCGCCUCGUCUGCACCCCUAGCUCGGAGGUCCUCGCUCCCGGGGAGGGUGGACUCUGUCUGUUCCUCCCCUUUGACUCGUGCAUGUAUGGGCGUGUGUGAGUUCUUCUGUGUGUGAGUGACAAUCAAAUUGUCAAACAACCAAGUUCAUAACAGUUCUAUCAUUCUAUCGUUCGAUCGUUCUUAGACUACCGUUACAGAGCCAGAAACCGGGCUGGGCAGCCCUUGAAAAAGUGCAAAAUAAAGUGUUAAACACGCC